AUGCCUUCCCUAAGAGAUUCCCCAGUAGAAAGCGGUUCACCUCCCGAGGACCAUUGGAAUGGCUGGCCAAAUGAAAAGGGGUUUGACCCCGAAUAUGAACAAAAAGACCCCGUGGAGCUCGUUGUCGUUGGCCACAUCCCUGCAUAUGCUGCAGGUACUUUGUACCGGACGGGGCCAGGGAAGAGCCAAGUACAGACCGACGAUGGCCAGCUCUAUCGAUUAUCCCACUGGUUCGAUGGGUUCACCCAAACCCAUCGUUUUCAGAUCAUCUGCGAUCCCAGUGGCUCGCGUGUUCUCUAUAAUUCUCGAUUCUCCGCCGAUGCCCUGAUCGAGUAUGUUCGCAAAGCCGGCUCGAAAGCCGUCUUUGGGUUUGGACAAAAGCGCGACCCGUGUAAGACGCUUUAUAGCAAGAUCCAGGCGGAGUUUGUGCCCCCUGAAGGCCCGUCAGCAGUCAAUAUUGGGGUCACACUUUCCGUGAACAUGCCAGGUCUCGAUACUCCGCCCCGGAGCAUGUCGAACGAGCGCUGGGGUGCAUCGCAGGGUAUCCGGACUCUUUACGCCAAAACCGACUACAAUGCUUUCAAAAAGCUUGAUCCAGAGACCCUUGAACCAAUCGGCCUUGCCUCCCAGGCCGACCUCCACCCCGAUCUGACUGGGAGACUUUCCGCGUCGCAUGCUCGCUCAGAUCCCUUAACUGGUGAUAUCUUCAACUAUAAUCUCUCUUUGGGGCCCACCUGCACCUACCGGGUAUUUCGGGCCUCCGUUUCUACCGGGGAGACAUCAAUACUGGCAACGUUCCCUGGCAUCCCGGCCUAUAUCCACUCGCUCUUGAUCACCGAAGACUACGUCCUUCUCUGUGUGUGGAAUUCCCACGUCGACGUACAGGCUGUGCAAACAAAGUCCUUCAAGGAUUCUAUAAUGCCAGUCAAUCCAUCUGAGCCGGCAACCUGGUAUGUCAUUGACCGAAGGCACGGGCAAGGUCUGAUCGCGACAUAUGAGGGUCCCGCCUUUUUCUCAUACCACACCAUCAAUGCCUGGCAAGAGCAAUCCCCUGAAGAUCCCACAAGGAUCGACAUAUUUGCGGAUCUCGUGCAGGCAAACAAGGCAGACACUCUUGACUCCGUCUUAUACGAGAAUAUGAAAUCCUCAAGUCCAAGUGCAAAGAAAUAUGCAGAAAACCUGACAGAAGACGAGAAAUCAACUAUCACGCGAUUCCGUCUCCCAGAUUUACCUUCCGCGCCCACCUCGGAAAUUCUGAAGGCCACUAUAGAAUGGUCAGGAUGCAGAGAGUUCUCGCCAGAGCUUCCCACAAUGAAUCCACGAUAUGUCACGCAAAGAUCACGAUACGUAUAUGCCAUCACACUCCGCGGACAAUCCGCACCCUCAGAUGGCCUUGUCAAGUUCGAUAGCGAUACUCACGAGGCCCAGCUCUGGGCUCGUCAUGGGCAUAAUCCUAGUGAGCCAAUCUUUGUCCCCAAUCCAGACGGGGUGAAUGAAGACGAUGGUGUACUUUUGAGUGUUGUCCUGGAUUGUUUUCAGGGACACAGUUAUUUGCUCUGUCUAGAUGCUCGGGAUUUGACUGAGCUUGGUCGGGCGAAUGUCAAGAGAGCUGUUGGCUUCGGAUUUCAUGGACAGCAUGUACCUUAUGUGGGCAUGCCGACUGGCGAUUAUUAG